GGGUCGAGUCUGCGGCUUUUCGGCUAUUCGCAGCCUUUUUGGUACUACACAUUUGUAGCGGCAUCGCUACAGCUCGUAUCGAGACAACUGCGUGCAAACAGCUGCAUCCUGCACGCUGCCACCCCUGCCACAAUGAAAUCAAUGAUAUUACUGCUGCCGGCGACGAUAGCAGCCCUCUCCGCCCCGCUCUCGCGCCGCAACGCCAUCACCGGCAGCCUCGCGGCGGCAGCAGUGCCCGGCGCCAGCAAUGCCGCCCCAUCGGCAGCCGUUAUAGGGUACGACGACGUCGUUCUGGACCUGCCGUGCGGCGCGCGCGUGCCGGCGUGCGUCUGGCUGCCCUCAGACGGCGCCGACGCGCCACCAGCGAGCUACAAGUACCGCAUCUCGGCGGGCCGCCUCGUGAAGACGAUCCUCGGACUGCCGACGCCCGACGCCAUCGCCCGGACCUUUGCGCUGGACGCCCCGGGUGUAAGGGAGGCGCCCGGCGCGACGGUGAAGGAUGGCACGCCUGUCGUCGUCGUCGCACACGGCUUCCUGGGGACGCGUUUUGACCUCUCAAAAUUCGGCGAAGCGCUUGCAAGAGAGGGCGCCGUGGCCAUCGCGCCGGAUUUUGACGAGACACUAGCGGGAAGCUAUACGCCCGACAAAGACGGCGGCUCGAGCCGUGAUAAAAUCGUGGUCGCGGCUCUGGAGCACGCGAAGCGGCGGGGCGCGACGGGCGCCAUCGGCGCGCUCGGCCAUUCUGCAGGUGCUGCGACGGCGCUGAAGGUGCCUCAAGCGAAAGGCGCCGUGGCCAUCGCGGGCUUCGGCCGGGACGCCGUCCCGGAUGUCCCUUUCCUAGCUAUCGCGAGCGAAGGCGAUGGGGCGGUCCCAUUAAAAUUUGUCCGCGAGCGGUUUCCCGGCGACGUGAAGAGUAUUGCUGUUGGUGUAACACCAACGACGUGGCCGCAGCGCGGCGUGAUCGCCUUCGCCGGCGCGGACGCGCCGUGCCACGUGUCCUUCUUGGCACCGGACGUCAACGUCGAGAUGCAGAACUUCCUCGGGCCUUUAUUACCUGUCGCCAGGUUCCUCAAAAUUCCCGUGCUGGAUUUUGACAAAUACGGCCUCCUGUUCGACGCCGAGCGGACGGCCGAGAGAUGCGUGCCCGCCGCGACGUCUUUUUUGAGACAGUACGUCAUUAAAACAUAA